UCGGCCGCCGCGUCACAGACGCGCCUUGGAGCCGCGCCGAUUGAUGGCGAAGGGGCAAGCUCUACGUCACCAUCCGGCGCCGGCGGCCCGCUCCGACUUCUGACGUCACGGCAUCAUGGCCGCUGCCGCCUGGUUUCCCACCUGCCGGAGAAAGAUCGCUUUUCUUCUGCGCCGCGGAGGGCGAUCCUUUGCUUCCCAAACUGAGGGGGAAAUCCGGGUGACCCGAGUCCUUCAGGAGAAGUUCCCCCAGGCUGUUGCGAUCAAAGUCGUCGAUAUCUCAGGUGGUUGUGGAGCAAUGUAUGAAAUACAUGUAGAAUCAGAAGAUUUUAAGGAAAAGAGAACAAUUCAGCAGCACCAGAUGGUUAAUCAGCUGUUUACAAUGCUCCUUCUUCUAGGCUCUAAGUGAAGAAAUUAAAACAAUGCAUGGACUGCGGAUAUUCACUUCUGUUCCCAAGCACAGAACUGACUGAUACGAAAACUGUGCCUUUCAGAAGUUGUGAGAAGAUGCCCACAGGAAAAUCAUAAAACUAGUGGGCUGUAUUUCUGUCUUUCCCCCUUCCAAUCGCCAAUGCCUGAUUUCAGCAGCAAUAUUUAUGUCAGAUGGAAAAUUUAGCUCAUUUAAUUGUAUUAGAGUUUUUUCAAGAAGACUAGUUGAACUUACAGUGAAAGUCUCCUUAUCCACGGUAUUAAAACUAAGAAUGGAAAAGAAUAGGAAAAAAUACUUGCAACAUUACCUUGCUCUUAUUUUUAAUUUUCAAAACUCUGUCAUGGCUCAGAUGGAAAUUUAUUUGAAAUAUAAUGCAAAUUUCUGCUGCUUUUGUUGACGUUUCUGAUAGUAGGGGAUGCUAAUAGUUGUAGACUCACAAGUAUUAAAAUUGCUUGAAGUCUAAAAAGCCUUUCUUAUAAAAAGGCUGCUUUUAUACCAAUUCUCGGACAGUCGAGUUUUCUAAGAUUAUCUUUAAACAAUCCCAGUAAUGCAUCUUCAUUAGCUAUGAUGGGCAGGACUGCCUUUUCCUUCUGUUGUUAAGAAGGUGACAUUUGUUGUUUUAUUGCUUUAAAUGUAAUACCAAAUAAGGUAGAGUUUUAAUGAGGAAUAGUUCGACAUUAUAGCAUUCUGAAGGUGGGAAAUAAAUUUAAAUGACAUUUUUUUUCUUCCAAUUCAAUUGUAAAGCCCUAUAUCCUGUUAUUCUUUUUCUAGUAGGGCUCUGCAUGCUUAAAACGUUAUUUAAAGGAUUACAGGUAAUCUUUGGUUAAUGACCUUUUGUUCAGCAGUCAUUCUGAGUGAUGACAGUAGUGAAGGAAAAUACUUGAGGCUCUUGCAACUUCCCUGGAGUCACAUGAUUGCAAUUUAAUCACUGGGCAACCAGCUCACAUUUACAAUGGUCACGUGAUCUCCACUGCUGGCUUCUGAAAAGUAAAGUCAGUGGAGAAGCUGGCAGGAGUUCACAAAUGUAACAUACUUAAUGACUGUGGAACCUUUGGAGCUGCUGGCAUAAGCCAGCACAGGCAUGUGAUGUCAUGCUUUAUGACCAUGCCACGUCAUAAUGGGAUUCCCAUUCCCAGUCCAUUACUAUCAUUAAUCAAGGACUGCGUGUAUUUUGGGUUUAUCCUAAGCACUGCACCAGAACUUGAAAGGUGCCACAGCUUUAAGAAUCGUACUUCCUUAAUAGAGUGGUAUUCUUUUUAUACAUAUGUGGGGAAGCUAGAAAAAUAGUCAAGCUCAUUUAAAACUCUUAGAAAUAAUCAUCUUCUUUUAAUGAUAUAGUCUCAGUGUGCCCAGUAUCUACCUCUGCCUAGGAUCAAAGUCACAGCCUCCUGAUUGUGAGGCGAGAGCUCCACCUCUGGGCCACUACAUCACUCAUUCCUCUUAGAAGUAAUACUAUUUUGAUUUCAGUAGUAUUCUUUAUUUUUCUUUCCCACUAAUUGAGAGAACUAAACCAAUGCCAAAUAGAAAAGUCCUUAUGAGCAGUGAUAUGUUAAGCUUUCUGACCCACAUGUACUUUGUGUUUCUGAACUGGGCAGAGCAUUGGAUGGGUAGAUGGAUUGUGUGUCAUCAAAUCAUUUUUGACUCCUAGUGAUUACAUUGAAUAUAAUAUAGACUGAUAUUAGUGAAGAGCACCCCUUAAGGUAUUACACAGGGUCUGUAAAGGGGAAGCACAAUAUUGGGGCUCAAUAUUUCAAGGGGGAAGUGUAGUAUUGUGCGAGUAGGUCUCUUCCCCCCUUCCUGCAUCAGAGAAGUUGCACCCUCUAUAGUACGGCUGUCAAACUCAUGUCAUCACUGUGGCAUCAUGUGACGUAUCAGGAUUUUUCUCCCCUUUGCUAAACUGGGUGGGGGCGGGGCCAGCAUGUGAUGCUUCCAGCCAGUGGGCCACAAGUUUGACACCCCUGCUCUAUAGCUCUUCUUAGUCAAUCAGACAAGGAAGUCAUCCACUACAGAAGUGGCUGCCAGCUCAGGGAAAUAAUUUGAGUUUGGGGUAGGCACAACUUUGUGUGAACUGCAAACCCUCAUAAAGUAGAGGCCUCCACGCUGAAUGUAUCCUAAUUCUUUCCAAGCUUGUAAACAACUCAUGCAAACGUUACCCUGACACACUUCUUUGUUAUGUGGAAUCAUACAACUAUGUUUUUGUAGGAGGUCAUUCUGACAAUAAAAUGUCUAUUUGUGGAAUAAUGUACAAAGCUUCCAUCAUGAA